AUGAUCCACACUGGCAAACGUGAAUGGCCCUAUGAGUGUGGGGAAUGUGGGAAGAGCUUCAGCAAUAGCUCUGACCUCAUUAAGCACCCGAAGACACAUUGGGGAUUGACCUAUGAAUGUGGGGAAUGUGGAAAGAGCUUCAACCAGUGUUCCAACCUCAUGAGGCACUGGCACAUCCACACUGAGGAGAAGCCAUAUGAGUGUCCUGAGUGUGAGAAGAGCUUCUCCAGGAGCUCUUACUUGACCCAACACCAACGGAGGCACCACUACCCGGGGAGCCCUGAGAGCGCGGGCCGAGGCUGGGCCGUGUGCAGAGCCCGCCCCUCGCUGCCAUUGGCUGAUUGUGCCAAUGUCACUCCUGGUUCUCGCGCGCUGAUUGGGCAGAGCAGCAAAGGCGCCAUUGUGGCAGCGUUUAUGCGGACCCGCGAGUGGUGGCGGCGGCGGAGCUCGGAGGUGGCUUCAGCGCAGUCAGAUAUCCUCACUAUGGGCUCCACCUUUAGCUGUGCAAAUUCCAUCUAUGCAAACAGGGAUGAGGGAUUUGUCAUUCUCAAGCCUUGGCCAGAUGGAGGAGAAAAAGCCCCAGAAAUCCCCCAUGGGGAGGAGCUGCAAAUCCAGCUCAAGGAGCUGCAAGGAGGAAAGCUGCAAGGCGGCUGGAGAUCCAGACAGGCUUUGGAGCUGGUGGAGCAGUCUCAAGGUUGGGAGAAGCCCCACAAGUGCUUGGAAUGUGGGAAGGGUUUCAGCCGGAGCUCCAACCUGAUCCAACGCCAGGUGAUCCACACUGGGGAACGGUCCUAUAAAUGUUUGGAAUGUAGGAAGAGCUUCAGCUGGAGCUCCAAUCUUACUAAGCAUCACAAGAUCCACACUGGGAAAUCGCCCUAGAAGUGCUUGGAAUGUGGGAAGACCUUCAUCCGGAACUCCAACCUCAUCAAGCACUGUAAUAUCCACAUCAGGGAACAGAAACAGCCCUAUCAGUGCUUGGAAUGUGGGAAGAGCUUCUGCUGGAGCUCCCAGCUCAUCAUCCACCAUUGCAUCCACACUGGGGAGAGACCCUAUGAGCGUCCCGAGUGUGGGAAGAGGUUUUACACCAGCUCCUAUCUCCUUCUACAUCAGCCAAUACACACAGGGGAGAGGCCCUUCCACUGUCCCGACUGCGGGAAGUGCUUCAAGCAAAACUCCCAUCUCAUCACCCACCAGCACAUCCACACUGGGAAGAGGCCCUACGAGUGUCCCGAGUGCGGGAAGAGUUUUCAGCGCAGCUCCUAUCUCCUCCUACAUCAGUGGAUUCUCACUGGAGAGAGGCCCUAUAAAUGUCCCGAGUGUGGCAAGAGCUUCAGGCACAGCUCAACCUUGAUCAGGCAUCAGCAGAUUCACACCAGGGAGAGGCCCUUCCACUGCCCUGACUGCAGGAAGGACUUCAGGUACAACUCCAGCUUCAUCAUCCACCAGCGCAUCCACACUGGGGAGAGGCCCUACGAGUGUUCUGAGUGUGGGAAGAGCUUCGUGCUCUGCUCCAGCUCCAUUCCCCAUGGGAGGAUCAGCUUUGGAUGAUCCCCAGUGACCCCCAUUUGGCAAGACCCUGGUGAUCCAUGUUGGGAAGACACCUGGCUGGGGAGCUCCACAUCCUCCUGGCUCCCCGUGGGCACCUGGACACAUCCACAGACCAACAUCAGAAAUCCAUUGUGGAGAGUUGAUUUGUCGAGUUCCACUCCUAAAAACAUCUUACCUUUUGUAUCUUCUGGUGGCAUCAAGCAACACUGGAUGGCUUUGGGUGUCUUCUCCAACAUUAACCCAUUGUUUUAAUUCUCUCUGGCCCACAGGCAUCUUCCACAGCCAAAUGGGGAUGGACUGGGGCAAAAUCCAGAGUUUUGGAGACAGUGGGAUGGAAACCCCUUCUAAAAAAGUUCUUCCUACCCACCUAAGCACAUGGAUGCUUUGCCAGCACAGACAUGUGAAUCCUUUUGUUUUAGCCUUGUUUUUUUUUUUUUUGUUUCUGUUCAUCCCUUUGAAACCUCUGAAACUGGGGUAAAAAUAAAGACAUUGAACU